CACCGCGAAUAGUUAAGUCUAAAUUCGGAAAUGACAUGAACGGAUUAAAUUAUAUAAAAAAAUAAUUUUGAACAAAACUUAAAAAAAAAAGAAGUGAAACAUGAAUUUAUUAUCUAAGUGUAUUUUAUCGUUAAUGUUUUUUUGUUAUAUCGAGGCCCAAUUCGCUCUAAGAUGUCCUUACCCAUAUCUACAGCAUGGCAAAGCUAGAUUGCGAACUAAGUCCAGAAUCGUGAAGUUCGUAUGUAACCCUAGAUAUAAAUUGGUUGGGAACAAAUACUCUAUAUGUCGGAUGGGUCGUUGGGAGGAGCAGCUGCCGGUCUGUGUUAAAUCAGGCUGCCCUAAAUUGCCACCUAUAACGAAUGGAAUUCAGAUGACGCAUCACGAUGGCGCUUGGCUCAUGACGUUCUGCCUCCCGAACUACAGAUUAGAGGGUUCCGAAGUUUUAUACUGCAAUGGAUACAGAUGGAAUAGCACUGCGCCUAAAUGCGUUGAGAUGAACAACAACGUAACAACGAUCAAGUACAGUUGCGACUUCGAAGAGGACCUCUGCGGUUGGAUACAAGACGAGUUCCACGAUUUCGAUUGGAAGCGACUGAACACGAAAACUCCGAGCUCCUUUACGCUUACCGGACCGUGGUUUGAUCACACGUACGGCUCCAGAGGAAAGGGCCAUUUCAUGUAUAUCGAGAGUACUGGGCGUUUCAUAAAUGAUACAGCUCGACUUUUAUCGCCGAUUUACGAUUCGACCAUAGCGAAGGACGGAUGUUUUCAGCUUUAUUAUCACAUGUAUGGAAGAUCAUUAGGAGGCCUUAGGGUAUACCAAAAACCGGACAGCGUCGAUUUAAUGACGAUGCUAGCUUCAGAGGAACAGCGAAAGGAUUACAUAAUUUUUGAAAAGUGGGGCGAACAAGGUGACCUCUGGCUUUCCGCCGCUCCAAGACUAAAGGACUUUAACGAAGACUUUCAGAUAGUGAUCGAAGGAAUCCGAGGAUCCAGUUUCAUGAGCGACCUGGCUAUUGACGAUAUUUCCGUGUUGAGAGGACAGAAGUGCGUAGACGCAGCGGCGCAUGCAAUCACCCCCUCUCCUUAUAAAGCUGACUCUUGCGUCGGUCGAUGCUUCCAAAAUAUAACUAUCACAAGAGGCUGUGGUUGCGACGGAGACUGCGUCAUCUAUGGCUACUGCUGUCAAGACUUCGUAGAUCUAUGCAUCGAAAAAGAUUCCGAAACAACAGUGAUCGCCGAAACUGGUUCGACCGUUGCAUUACCGCAAACACAGAAACUAGUAGCUUCUACAACCAACGCUACAACUUCAGCUUCAACUUCAACCACAACGACGACUACACCCAAACCCAUUGUUAUACCUUCAACUAAAACUACCAGUACUACUGCUUCUCCCAAACCUACGACUCCCACUACCACCAGUACUAAGACUUUUCCUACUAUUCCCACAAGGACCACUACUAUCACAGUCAGUAAAACUCCAAAAACCAGUACCAAAACGACCACAGCCAGACGUUCCUCUAGCCCAUCCCAGAAACAGACCACCAAGGUCCUUAAGUCCACGACUCAGUCCAGUUCCACCACACCUAAAAGUGCAACUCGUAAGGCGACGUCUGUCGCUUCGACCACAGUUGGGAGUAAUAAAUUAAGGUCCAGCACUACAGUAAAACCUGCGAGUACCAGCAAAAAGGUUACUGAAAAACAGUCUUUUACCAAGAAGAUGACGGUGGACGUUUUUGUUGCGAAGAAAUCGAAAGGAGCCUCAAAAACACUGCAAACGUCUGGCAUAAUAGUUGGUGUGUUGUUUUGUGUAUUUGCGUUGGUCGGAUCCGUGGUGGCUUGGCGACGUUACGGCGGCAUGAUGAUCGUUAGAAGGUUGAGAGGUCAAAUCGCGAAUGACCCUGAAGUGCGCUAUCUGAGUGCCCAUAUGGACGAUUGAACUGUUCUUUUAAAAUAAACUAUUUUAGCUAG